CGUGCACUUAGUUUCAUCAAUCAAUCAAUGGGCAUGCAGGCAGGCAACACAAAAAUGAGUGGCUAUUCAUACAAACAUCCGGACAAGCCAUCCGGCUUCAUACAUGGACGAGCAAAGAGUGCACGCACUCCACUUCCACACAUGGCCGGCCCCCCACCCAGACAGCGAAAUGACGGCCGUCCCUACUACCCUGCCCAAUUGACCCUGCCCCUCCUUCCGUCAACCAACAAACAAACAACCAUGCUCAAAACUAUCCAGCCCAUGCAGUCAAUUCGUUCACGAAUCAUGAAUUCACUCAUCCCCCACUCAAUCCCCCUCUCCUUCAUGGACACAGGAAAAAAGACGAGCAACAGAGAGGGGGAAAAAGGAGAGACGACACGCACACGCUGGUUGCGGCACGCCCUUACAGCUGUUGUCUGCACAAGGGAACUAGAAAGCAGCAUUCAAUCACUGCCUGUACACGGACCGGCCGUUGAAAGCAUCAUCCCUCUGCAUACAAGGACAUACAGACAGCUACCCCCGCGUCACGCACCCACCCUGCUAUCCACCCCCACAUGCCCUCCUGGUGCUUCCGCCAAAGCGGAGCCAAAAUGCACACAAGCCCCACCCCAAACAAAAGAAGAAGAAGACUAGAAAAAACAACCAAACACAAUCAUCCACCCCCAAUUGGCGUCGUGUGCGCCUGUGUCAUGUCGAAGUCGCUGCAACACCGUCCUACGCCUAGUGCCUCUCUGAUAGCGAUGCUGAGGGGGUGUGUGGUGACGAAGUCCUUGUCGAGCAUGAUCAGUCUUCGUCCAUCUUGGGGACCACGAGAUGUCGCUCGGGGUGCUCCGACAGCUCCAGCAGCGACUUGCUCACCUAAAGCCCAUAUCAGAGACACCGGCACACCACACCGUGGACCCCUAGUCACCCCACCACCCACAGACACACCACCACCACCACCACCAUAACCAUGAGCACUACUGCCAUCCACGACACAAUCGCUGCUACGACAGCCCAGUUCAGUGUGCUGCUGCUGCCGCUGCUUUGCGGCCAGCGCACAUGACCUCAUCUCGUGUGUCAGGUCUCGUGCUGGUGCUGGGUGGUGGUCGGCUGUGGGUGGUGCAUAGAUGGGUGUGUUGUCCUGUGUGCUCGUGGUGGCAAUGCUGUGGCCGCUAGAGUUCUCCCUGGCCUUGAGCAGACACGCCCGUGUCUUGACACUCAAGGGCUUCCGAAUCGGCAGGUGAGACACAGCACGGCGAUACUAGCGAAAUACAAGUAUAAUACGUAUGCCCCGUGCAUGGAAACGAAUGUGUACGUGAUAGAUACAUACAUACAAAAAGGAUAAGGUGCAGGUGUGCGUGUGAGUGUGGGUGUGGGGGUUGUUUACCUUGCGUAGGACGCCCAUGUCUCGCUCCUGCUGGGCGAUCGACGCGGCAUGGGUGGCGGGGCUCUCAUCCAUCCCCAUCACAGACACCACAUCGUCACUCGUCAACGCUUGCAGGAACUGCACUCACACACACACACACACAGGACUGACGAGAAGGCGUGUGGUGUGUGUUGUGUGGUUGGCUGACCUCGUCAUAGUCGAUGCGUCCGUUUUUCUUGUAGUCGCACGCGUGGAUGAUGUCCUCUAUCCUGGUGCCAUCGAAGGUGUCCCCGAGAACCUCCCGCAGGUUCUCCGCACUGAUGUAGCCCGUCUUGUCCACAUCAAACCUACCACACAUACAGACACAUGCGCAUAAAGAGCGAUGUGGAAGCGUGACAUGUGUGGUGGGUGCAUCCAUCCAACAUACCUUUGGAAAGCGUCUCGGAUCAUGGACUCCUGCAGGACGAACUUGGCCUGCAUCGUGGCAGCCAAGAACUCUGCAGAGAGCAGACAGAGAGGGAACAAACGUGGCAAUGUGGGCUGCCCCCUCUGUGUGUGUGUGGCUGCGUGUGGGUGUACCCGAGUAGUGGACCUCGUGGUCGCCAGUCACAUCCAUUUUCUGAGCGGGAUGAAGGAAAGGACAGCAUGUUCCUUGGCCUCUUGCUCUGCGCGUGUGUGUAUGUGUGUGUGUGUCUGUGUGUACCUGGAAGACCUUCCUGGCCUCUGCCUCGGGUAUCUUGAGCACCUCAGUCAUCGCAUCCUUCAACUCGUGCAGCUGCAGACAGAUAGACCACACACACGCACACACAUCCAUCCAUCCAUGUGCACUUCCACCCACCCACACACGUACCAGUAUGGUUCCGUUCUUCUCCCUGUCCAGUUUGAGGAAUAUCUUCUCGAGCUCCUCCACCUCAUCGCUGUUCAUCGACAAGGCUAUCACCCCCAACGCCGCACGCUUCAUGCCGUUGAACGCCGCGAACCUGUCAAUGGGUGGACAUGGAGGAGGACGAAGCAUGUCGUGCACAGGUGCGUGUGCGUGUCGUCUUGUCGUGCUCACUUCUGCAUGUUUUUGAGGACGUUGAGGUCGAUCUCGUGGUCGUCAUUGGUCUUGAGGCACUCAAACCUGACGUCACACAGGCAGGGAUGUCUGGGUGUGUCCAGCGGUCGGCUGUCUGUCUGUCCGUCGGUUCCUCACCAUUUGUGUUUGAGCGCCUUUUCAGCUGACGGCCUCUCAUCGGGAUUCUUCCUGAGGGACGAAACAGCCACACAGAUGGGGAAUCCCAGCAUGCAGAUGCGUCCGUUGAUGCGAUAUUACUUGAGCAGCGCACUGAUGAAGUUCUUGGCGUCCUGAGAGAUGCCCUCCCACCUCGGACCUUCAAACGAAAACACAGCUGCAUCCAACACAACACACAACACAGAACAAAGAACAAAGAACCAAGGCAGACAAACGAUCAGACACCCGCUGCUGGAUGGCCCGUGUCUGUCUGUCUGGCCAUGAGCCACACCCUGACGUACCCCGCUUGAUCUUGGCGAGUAUCUCGUGGUCCUGUGUGCCGUUGAAUGGCGGCGAGCCGCUCAGCAACAUGAACACUAUCACACCUGACACACAAACCACACACACACACGGCACGCAGAGACAGACGAAUGGGGGCGUGCGGUUGGCUGCGUAAGCUAUCAGCGUACUGACCGAUGCUCCAUAUGUCGCAUUCCUCGUUGUAGGCCCCGUCCAUGACCUCGGGGCUGACGUAGUAGACGGUGCCGUGCAUGGCCGUCAUCGGCACACCAGGGUUGAAGAUCCGCGAGAAACCAAAAUCAAUCUGGUCGCCGUCAUCAAUCGGAAUACACCGACACAGCAAAGAUGUAUGUGUCAGCGGCCACCCGUCCAUCUACCACGUGUGCGUACCAGUUUGAGUGGCGCAUCUUCUGCCGGGGUAGCAUACACCCAAUUCUCAAGCCUGACACAUUCCAUAGCACACCACACCAACCGUCAUUCGGUCGUGUGUGGAUGGUUGUGUGUUUGGCUUACUUGAGGUCCCUGUGGCAGAUUUUGUGUUUGUGGCAGUAGUUGAUGGCACUCAGCAUCUGGUGCGCCACGUACGCCGCGUCCUUCUCGACGUAGCGCUUCUUGCACGCCAGCCUGUCGUACAACUCCUUCCCUGAACGAACGACCAAACACACACAAUAGACACACAACACACAAUGAGUGACUGACGAACUCAGCCACUGUCUGCCUGCCUGCCUGCCUGUCUCUGUCAUCAUGCCCACCCAGCCACCUACCAGUGCACAGUUCCAUGACCAGGUGGACGGCCCUGUCAUCCUCGUAGACCUCGAAGAGCUUUGCGAUGUUGGGGUGGUCGAGCGAAAGGUAGACGCUCACCUCGUUGUACAGCAUGCUGGCCUUCUUGGGGCUGAUGUUCUGCGUGCUGAGCGUCUUGAUGGCGUACGACUUGCCGCUCUCCCGGUGCCGACCCACACGCACCGCACCGCUGAUGCCCGUCCCAAGUAUCUGCUCGUCCAGCUCGUAGUACUCGAACAGGUCAGCGCCCUUCUUGACACGGGUGUGCGACAGCGUUUGCUUGGAUAUCUGGUCGAUGAAGCGGCCGCUGGGGAUCUUGGGGGGGUUGUUGGGCGCGCCCAGGCUGCUCCCAGCGCCAGAGUCGUUCUGGCGGCCCGCCGUGGUCGACUCGUCCUCCUGCGAGGCCCCGCCACGUGACCGGUGCGUCCCGUUGGAGGUCUGCGGACCCUUCCGUGGAUCCUCCACGUUCUUGUCCAGCUUGCUCGGCUUACAGCCCAUCUUCAAAAUCAAUCGAGCGCCGGAAAGACAAGCUGGCGCCAGGGGGUGUCAGAGAGAGGGCUAAUUCAGUCGCAGGGCAUCAUCAAUAUGCUCCGCAUCGCACCAAAGCGGAAAAAGGAAUUCCC